GUUAUGCAGCGUAAAAAAUGAGAACUAUUUCACUACAAACUUUGGUGUUUUGCUGUUGAUCACUGUUGACCAAAAGUUUAAAAUUUAAUACAGUAUGUUCACCACUAGAUGGCUAUACCAUCAUCCGAACAUGAUUUUAGUUAUGUAACCGAUAGAAAUAAUUUCUUGGAACAUGUUUUUAUAUCCUCAAGUAUAAUUUUUUUUUCAAUCUGACAGAAACCUUUCAAAUAAAUGGAAUCCCGAAAGUGUUCGAUACGUUACAUGCAUAUGCCACUUAAGAUGUCGCUGCCGAGGAAAUUACGUUAAAAGAUGACGCUACUGGAUAAUAUAAGAUGACGUUUCAUUUAAAUUUCUUUCGCAAUACACAGUAAUAAUUAUCAAAGAAAAGAAUUCACAUCACUUAUCGCGGUAAUCGCAUAACCUAAAUACGAUUUUAAUAAUCGGCGGAAGACAUGUUCUCCGCUAAGAAAAAUGUGAAGACAACGUUACUUUGUGGGCCUGCCGAGUUAAGCAAAUCUUUCAUAUUCGAGGCAGCAAUUUACUGGGCCGAGGAAGGACGCCGCGUCGUUUACAUUACACCAGCCCCGUUGGAGAGCCUGCCGGCGGCCUAUCACGACAGAAGUAAUCCAGCACCCGCGGCUUUCAAGCUGAUGAGAUUUAUGUACUUGGAGAACUACGAGGCUUUGGUGAAACGACUCGUCGAGUUGCACACCUUUGCCACCCUACCUUCCGUGCUCUUAAUCGAUGACUUCGACACCUACGUGAACGUUCACGAGAAAACCAAGGCGAUGGAAAACGUUCACAUCGCCAAAACGUGUUCGAUCAUUCUCGACACGAUGAACUCAUGCUCGAGAAUAUUGAAAACGAACGUGUACUUCUGCGCGUGGUCCACCACAGCGAUGAACAAUAUUAACACGUAUUCGAUGUACUUCGUCAAUAUAUGGAAUUUAACGAACGAAGAGGACGGUAAAACGAUAUUGUUGGAGAAAUACUUGCACGAAUCGCCCACCGACAAAUUUCCAUCGUACAGAUAUUGCAAACUUCAAGAUGGAACUCGCGUCUUGAGGCAGGUACUCUACGAAACUACCGAGAAUUGAAUCUUCUGCGUCACCGCAUGAUACACUGCGACGAUAUCUUCGAUAGUUUGGCAGGACCAAAUUGUUUACAUCAUAGUAACAUUCUUGACUCUGAUCUUGUACAAAAGAAAGGUGCCUUGAGAGCUAUCGCGGUAUCAUUUCGUAUUAAAAAUCGCGUUUGAAAACGAAUCGCACAAUGCUAGCGUCUCGAACAGUUCUACAGAACCAAACGAUUGUCUACGCUGUAGUAAUUUUCCUGGUGUAAAUUUUGCACAAAGAAAGUGCUUCGUUUAAAAAGUGUACACAGUAAUAACUCAUCUUUUGUAUAAAAAAAAAGCGGUGUCCCUCGUUCAAGAAGAGACGUAGAAAUCGGUCGAGGAGACCUAUCCGAUUCGAGGUCGGCGAACAAUUUCUCCGGGCGCAUUAGAGCGUGCGAAAGAAGAAACGCUAACAAACGAGCAACACCGAAAAAAGACAAGUUGCACGCCGGUGCGGAUGUUGGCGUCCUAUUGUCUGGUUCUUCUGCUCGGCCAGGUCGAGAACCGACUCUCGGGGAGUGCCCCCCCUAUAGAUUGAACCGACCACUUGUUCCAAUCGGUCCGAAACAAUCUGAAACUGUCAGGACUACGGGCCCCAUGGGCUUCGCCUGGUAAUAAAUGGAAACUUGGCGGCACCGUAAACUCCGUGAACGGGAACGCGAGAGGGAAGAAGAUGAAUUUUAACAAGCCGCCGGGCCGACCGACGCGAGCAUACACGGAUAAACGACAACCGAUAUCGCGGAUCCGCAAACCGAUGGGCAAACUAUCACGACUCUUACGCUACACUCUUAGGUACACGAUGUAAUACUAAAUAUGCAGAUCGUCCGAGCAUCAGAAGAAGGCAACGUUUAUCGGAUCACGGCGAGGACGAGGAACGGGACAUUGUAAAGUCAAGGGAAUUUUUUAGUUUACAACUUUCAAGAGGGGUGUUCUUUUUUUAUUUUCAAGUUUUUUUUUUCCGUAGUUGUAGCAGCGAUGGUUUAUACAAUUUUGUAAACAAGCAAUAUAGUAAAUAUAUAGUUUUGAAUAAG